AUGUUCAGUUCUCAACUUAGAUAAAAAUUAUCUCAAUCUAGAGCUCAAAUAUAUCAGACUACUCAAAGAAGAUUCUAGACCUUUGGCAAAGAAUACUUAAGUGGCUUUGAUAAGACAUUAAAGGAUAAGCUUCAAUGGCUUAUGGUUGGAGGAAAUUGGUUCCUGUUAUUCGGUGUUGGAAAUGCUCUUGCCUAUGGAGCAAGUCUCGUAAUGACUGAAGAGCAAUACCUUUAUCACUUUUCAUAUAAGGGAGAUGUUCCAAGAAUGUUUUCACCAAUUAAAGCUAUGCUUGGAUCAAACACUCUUGCUAAUGCUAUCUGGACUGCUCCAUCUUUGAUCGCACUACAUUUCUACUUAUUACCAAAAGUUGGACCUUUAGCUUUGACAAAAUUAUUCGGACUUUCAAUUGCUUCUACUUUCAUCUUUUGGUCCGCUUUUAACCCACAGAGUGGUCUCAAUGUUAGACCUUUAAGAAAUUACAUAUUCAAGUUCGAUUCAAAUGGAAAUCAUGGAGAGUAUUAUAUGGGUGCAGAUUAAUUAGCUUAAUCUAUAAUAUAUUUCGCCUUAAUGUACAAUAGAUUAUGGUACAUUGCUCUACCAUUUAUGACUUUUGAUGCACUAUACUACGGGCCAUAGACUUUUGGAGGACUUAUCUCAGCCUUUGCUGGUUUCUGCAUGUUCGCUUGA